GAACCACACGUGCCUCAUCUGCGCGCGCAAAUCCAACAGAAAAAAUUCUGAUCACCGGGGAGGGGAACCGAGAGAAACGACCUCAAAGGCCAUGGCGACGGCGACGGCGACGGCGACGGCGACGGCGUGCUUUCUCUGUCCUCUCACCGCUCGCGCUCCCUCCCUCGCUCCCAAACUCACCCGCUCGUCAACGCCGCUCGCCACCACCCAGCCCGACUCCGCCAAGCAGCGCCUCCUCUCCCUCAUCGCCGGCCAGGAACGCGGCCUCCGGACCCAGAGGGACCCCGCCGCCCUCUCCUCCAUCGUCGAGGCAAUCGUCGCCGUCGCCGCCCUCGGCCGCGGCGACGUCACCACCGGCGCCUCCCUCUCCGCCACGUGGCGGCUCCUCUGGACCACCGAGAAGGAGCAGCUGUACAUCAUCGAGAACGCCCGGUGGUUCGGCACCGCGGCGGGGGACGUGCUCCAGGUGAUCGACGUGGAGGAGAAGGCCCUCAGCAACGUUAUCACGUUCCCUCCCGAUGGGGUCUUCUUCGUCCGCUCCGACAUCGAGAUCGCUUCUUCGCAGAGGGUGAAUUUUAGAUUUACGAGUGCUGUGCUGCGAGGAAGGAGCUGGGAGGUUCCGCUUCCUCCAUUCGGCCAGGGUUGGUUCGAGAAUGUUUACCUUGAUGAUGAGAUUCGAGUUGCAAAGGAUAUCCGGGGAGACUAUUUAAUAGUCGAGCGUGCUCCUUAUAGCUGGAAAGAAUGAAGAACGAUGCUGCUUCUAUUCGUCGCCUUCUGGAGUCCCAUGGAUCCACUUAUGGACUGGGGGGAGUCCCUUUCACUAUGCGGAGGGCAAUAAUGAGGUUGAACAAAUCAAGACAUGGUAUAUCUUCAUCACCCUGCAUAAAAAGGCUCACUACAUUGUAUUGAAGGGAAAGGGCCUGCCGAUUUCUCUCUGUAACAACAUAAUGUUGGUGGUGCUGAUUUUUUUGUUGUAAAAUAGUAGUGUAGUCUUCUGAAGAUGUCAAAAUGAGGUAAAUAUUGCUAUACACAUUUUAUAUGACAGUUUCUUAAAUGAAUUUUGUUUCGUUUAUGCUGUAAGUUCUGUAAAUGUCGCCCUUAGCAUCCAGGAUACUUCUCUGACUGUUGUCAUUUCAAGUGGUUUGAAUUCUGGUUAUCUGAGAGGUAGUUUGCUUUCA